UGGGCGCGAGCACGUCGGCCGCGGAUCUUUGGUUCAGCUGAUGCUUCCCUGUUUCAGUCGGUAGAGAGGUUGUAGGUGGUAUUAGUUUAUCUGUUGAUCCCUACCCGCGGAGCAUACCGGCAAAAUGAACGGGUACGCUAUCCUGUACGCGGGGGUCACCAUCGCAUUUUGGAGUACUAUGGUGAUCGUGGGAACAUGCUACACAAUAUUUGACCUAGGAUUUCGGUUUGAUGUGGCGUGGUUCCUGACUGAAACAUCCCCUUUUAUGUGGGCAGCACUUGGAAUCGGGUUGGCCAUUUCACUGUCUGUUGUAGGAGCUGCUUGGGGCAUCUACAUCACAGGGUCCAGUAUCCUCGGUGGUGGUGUGAAGGCGCCACGGAUUAAAACAAAGAAUCUUGUCAGCAUCAUUUUCUGUGAAGCUGUGGCAAUUUAUGGAAUCAUCAUGGCAAUAGUUAUCAGCAAUAUGGCAGAGCCUUUCUCUGGUACCACACCUGAAACAAUUGGCCGGAGGAACUACUUGGCAGGUAAAAACAAGUAAUUGAAAAGAA